UGGAAACGUUGCUCACUGUGAUUUAGGACAUGACACUGUGCUUUCUGUAGCAGGAAAAACAGCAGCAAAUGCACGCUGCUGUCACCAUCCAUGACCCUUGGAGCUGUAGCACAUUCCCUUCUCUUGCUGGCCAGCCCAUGACUGCCCCCCAACACCUGUGCCACGGGAGCCUGAGCUGCAGCCAUGGCACGGAGCAACUUCUCCCAGGUGACUGAAUUCAUCCUCCUGGGGCUCUCUGACACCAGGGAGCUGCAAGUCGUCUUCUUCACCAUCUUCUUCCUGGCCUACACCAUGGUUCUGCUGGGGAACCUUCUCAUCAUUGUGACAGUCAGGACUGACCCCAAGCUCUCCUCACCCAUGUACUUUCUCCUCUGCAACCUGUCCUUCCUCGAUAUCUGCUGCACCUCUGUCACCGUUCCCAGGAUGCUGGUGGACCUGCUCUCCCGCAGGAAGGCCAUUGUGUUUGAAGGCUGCAUCGCCCAGCUCUUCUUCCUGCACUUUGUUGGCUCCUCGGAGAUGUUCCUCCUGGCCGUGAUGGCCUACGACCGCUACACGGCCAUCUGCAAGCCCCUGCACUACACGGCCAUCAUGAGCCGCUGGGCCUGCUGGCUGCUGGUCUGCUCCUGCUGGGCAGGGGGGUUCCUGCACUCCAUCACCCAGACUUGGCUCACAGUCCAGCUCCCCUUCUGCGGCCCCAACACCAUCGACAGCUACUUCUGCGACGUGCAGCCCGUCAUCCGCCUGGCCUGCGCCGACAUCUACCUCACCCAGUGGCUCAUGGCCUCCAACAGCGGCCUCAUCUCCCUGGGCUGCUUCCUGCUGCUGCUCACCUCCUACACACUCCUCCUGCUCUCCCUCCGGGGACGCCUCACCCAGGGCCACUGCAAGGCGCUCUCCACCUGCGCCUCGCACCUGCUGGUCGUCACCCUCUUCUUCCUGCCCUGUAUCUUCACCUACCUGAGGCCCCCCUGCACCUUCCCCUUCGACAAGUACGUCUGUGUCAUCUACACCAUCUUGUCCCCGCUGAUGAACCCCCUCAUCUACACCCUGAGGAAUAACGAGGUGAAGGAAUCCAUGCACAGGCUGUGGAAGUGCUGCAGCAUCUUCUGA